AUGGAAAUAUGGGUUACAAGACUCAAAAGAUUGAGGAUUAUCUCCAUGUUGCUGGGUUUGUCUAAUUUCGCCGUGAUCAUUCUUGGUGGAUUUGUACUUUUUAUUGUCAUUCCAGGUUGUGACCAUAACAAGAUAAUUAUGCCAGUUUUGGCCGUGUCCUUGGCCGCUAUCCUUAGAAUCUUUGUGAUGAUACGAUCAGGAAUUGCUCAAGAAGCCAUGGCCAAAGUUAUUCAAGAUUCUCUUUCUGAGCCUUCUAUUUUUGAAUCUAUUAUUCGCCUUAAAAGACGGAUAAGAUAUAAGGCAUGGCUUUGGUGGAACAGAUUUGCAAUGAUAAUUACUUUAUUGCAAAUAAUGGGUGGAAUUUACCUUGUGUUAAAUAUAGCUAAAUAUGCUUCUCAUGAUGGAACAUCAAAUGAAUGUCUCAUAGGGAUGACUUCAAAUGGAAACCAGUGGAAGCAAAAACUUUUCAUUGUAUUUAUUAUUAUGGUUUGUUCUAUUCCAUUGGUGCAAUGUUUUGCGGGACCUGAUGUACUAAAAUGGAGAUCUUUUUAUGCAACAAAAGAUGAUGUAUGGAAAGCUCACUAUCAUGAGGUGUUUGAUCAUGGCAUUCGUGAAGCUUUGUGCUGUUUGGGACGUGUUGAAUAUCUGGGAGUUUCUGAAGAAGAUGAAGUGUGCUCAGUAGCAAGAUUAUUAGGUGAUCUUGUUGCUUAUCGUGCAUCAGGCACUGGACAUUUGGAACUUAUAGCAGGUGUAGCUUUAUUGCAUAUGAAUAGUGGAUCCACUAAAUCUUAUGAAGGAGUGAAAAUGGCACCUAGGGAAUUGAUUCAAGAGGCAUUUGAUUUUUUUGAAUAUGCUGAAGCUGCAUAUACAGGUCCAUUGCUUGAUUUUGGAAGACACAAUAUCCUUUUUCCUUGUUCGUGGCUCUAUAGGCAAGGAAUUUUAACUCCAUGGACUCGCAACAGGCGGCCCAUACUUAUAGGAGAUAAUUGGUGGCGCGGUCAUGCUGCUGCUUUCUUAAAAUAUGUUGAUUUGCCACCAGAAACACUUCGACAUGGUCGUGUUUGUCAGGAAAAGUGUGAAGCCGCAUAUUUCAUUGUGGUUCUACAUCAUUUGCGAUCUGUAGUAGUUGCUGUGCGAGGAACUGAAACCCCAGAAGACCUUAUUACUGAUGGAUUAGGCAGGGAGUGCCUUCUUUCUCCAGAAGAUUUGGAUGGAUUGAUAAAUGGCAAGUAUAUUCACCCUAAUGUUAAACAAAAUGUAGAAUUAUCUUUCCCACACUAUGGGCACUUGGGUAUAGUUGAAGCUGCAAGAGAUCUUUAUAUGCAAAUUGAAGGAAAUCUAGAAGAUCAAGAAGCUAAAUCAAGCGGCUUCCUUUCCUCAUUGCUGGGAGCUGGAUGCGAGUGUGAUGGAUAUAACAUUUAUGUAGUUGGACAUUCCCUAGGAGGUGCCAUUGCCACAUUGCUAGGAUUGCGACUAUAUGGUAAAUACCCAAAGUUACGAGUUUAUGCAUAUGGGCCACUUCCAUGUGUGGAUUCAGUAAUAGCAGAGGCAUGUUCAGAAUUUGUUACAAGCAUUGUACACGACAAUGAAUUUUCUACACGCCUUUCAGUUGGAUCAAUUAUACGGCUUCGAGCAGCUGCACUUAUGGCACUCUCAGAAGAUUCCAACACUGAUACAACUUUGAUUUUUAGACUUGCUCGUAGAUUUCUUUAUAUUAGCAAGUGCCAAAGAGGUAUUGAGGUUAAAAAUCCACCAGAAUCACAUUCUCCUCCAGCCAAAGUGGAAGAUCUACAUCAUGAAGUCUAUAAAGGAAGCAAUAAAUUGGAAGAUGGCUAUUCUUUCUGGAAGGAAUCAGACAUAAACAGCAGUAGUAAUGAUGGUGAUGUUGAUGUUAAUGAUGACAAUUUUCAAAAUCCUUUCCAUAAAGAGGCUAGAGUUGAAAAUUCAUUAGAUAAUCCUGUAUCCCAGUUUUUAGAAACUGUCCCUGGAAAUAAAAAUAGGUCAGCUGAGGAUCCUCCUGAUGUGUUUCUACCAGGCCUGGUGAUUCACUUGCUACCAGAACAAAGCAAUACCAAUGUGUCUUUAUGGAAAAGCUGGAGAUUCAAUGAGAAGCCUCAUAAAUAUAAUGCUUAUAUGGCAAAGAGAGAAGACUUCAAAGAUAUUGUCGUCUCACCAAACAUGUUCCUUGAUCAUCUCCCAUGGAGAUGUCGUUAUGCCCUGCAAAAGAUAUUGGAAGCUGAAAAUGCAAAAGAACUACUUGAUGAAACUCAAAUUGUAUGA